CUGCUGACACUCCAGUAAUCCUCUGUCAGGAGAUUGCAUCCUCGUCAGGCUAUCGGUGUGGGAGAAUUAAAUCCCGUGGCAAACAGAGCUAACACGAAAGUGCCGGAGUCACAACAAGAUCCCAAUUGGACAAUUAACCCCGGAUAUUUUUGGGAUGCUGCUGAUCAGCAACACAGUAUGAGUUUUUGCAUCCGAAGACGGUAGCAAGACACGAGCGAGGAAAUCCAUGAAUGUGAUACGUCGAGGAUCGGCAUCUACAGCCCGAACCGUGACGGACCAAUGUUGUGGACACACGCUGCACGGUCAACCGGAGGAUGGUUUUGAAAAGCAGCGUUAACUUCUCCCCCGUGGAUCAGCGCUUGGUGGAUGGUUUUUGCUGUUUGUUGUCGCCGGCUGCGCUGAACUGUUCCCUGGCCUCAGUGCUGCUGCGGAGACGCGGACACAUCACCUUCCUCCACGAGUGAUACCAUCCAGUGGUUUUAAUCAAAUCCUGUGAAAUCCCCCGUGUGGUUGUGUAACCAGUAAGUGACUCUUACGCCCGAAUGCGUAUUUGGACUCAUGACCAGGGCUUGGUAAUUAGUGUGUGAAGUGUUUCCAUGUCGUUCGGAGAGAAACACGCCGGUGACGCGCUGCUUUACUUGUCCACAUGCAUGCAAAUGCGCGUCCUCCUCCUCCGCCGCCGCCACCCAGGAAUGCGUUCUGUUACAGCUGCUUCGUGUAUAGAAACUUGCAAGCACAAGCUGGAGAGUCCACUUACAGUCAAGUUGUAAAACUCGAUCGGCCUGUCUCUGACUGUGGUGUCAGACAGAAACUGUGAUUCACGUCAGUCCUGGUGCUGUGAGGCUCCACAGCCUUAACUAGGGCAUUCCUCUCUCUGUUUUUGAAUGUCAACUAGAACAAACAGUAAACAUUUCCACAUGGAUAUUCAAUCCUUUCUGACAGAGCUCCACCAGAGCUACUUUUUUUAUUUGAUAAUAUUAUCCUGAGCAAUGUAAUCCCUUCUCAAGUGCUCCAAAUAUUAUUAAGAUGGCGAAAGCAGCUGUAGUUUUCACUGCUGGGAACUCAAGAGAACAGCUGCUCCUGAGACUGAAUUUCUGAAAGAUGACACUUGGAUAUUAGUCUGCUUAUAUCAUCACCAACACCCUCCUAAGGAAGCGCUGGACAUUUGUUUACUCUUGUGUCCGUAUUUCAAAUUAUGACCCUGCAGAGUCCUACUGACUUGAAUUCCUGUUCAGUCUCGUCUUUCUCCGAUUUUACAGCAGUGAAGGUGACUGCCAUUAUUUGAGUCAUCAUGUUUUAUUGCUGAUCAACUGAACAUGUGCCGGGGAAAGAGGAACCGGACAUGAGAGUGCACAGGCUGUGGAGAUGCGUCAGAAGACACUCCGGAGGAAUUAAGAGUGGCACUAUGGAAAACAUGGCGCAGAAUGUUACAGGCUUAAGUUCUACAAGAGAGAAGAUCCUAAACUGUGGACAUAGGAAGAAUGUUUUUUCACCACAUUUGGAUUGAUUUCAACGUCGAAGCAAGCAUUUAUGGAAUCAUGCCCUCUCAUGGAAAUCCUCUCACAACUUUUAGUUGGGAAAUGGAGUGACGGACAGGCCUGCAAGCCUCAUUUUGGGAAGAAAAAUGCUUUGUGUUCCAACUUGGCUUGAAACACUGCUGUAGAAGACAUUCAAUUCUGGACACUCUGUUUGUUAUCCUCACCGGUGCCGUGAUGGGGAGCUCUGCUUCAUCUCUCACCGCAGAGACUGAGUCGGACCAUGGUUUUCAUAGCACCCCAUACUCAUCUUCACCCCCUGUGGGUUGGCUUAGAAACAGCCACAGUAGUCCAGUCUGGGGUACCACCUUUAUAACACGUCAGCAGCAGCACCCACACCCACACCGCGAGCGCAGCCACUCCCAUUCUCCGGGCUCCAUGGCAGCAGCAGUGCGAGGCACUGAGUGGUCAUGUGGACGCUGCACCUUUUUAAAUGCGGGAGCGGCCCCACGUUGUUCAAUCUGUGAAGCACCUCGACAGAAACCUGACCUCAACCAGAUCCUUCGGCUGAGCAGCACCGAGGAGCACCGGUGGGCUUGUCCUCGCUGUACCCUCAACAACCCCCAGGGAUCUGGAGCCUGCUCUGUUUGUGGUUUCGGACCAUCUCCCGCCACUCACACACAGCCCACCACCACCAUCGCUGCCACAGCCAACGGUCUCCCACCUGCUCCUGCAGAACUAUCGACACCAACUGUCAAAUCAGCAGUACAACUAGAACCGCAAGGACAGCAUCCUGCUAAGGAGGAAGUUUUGCGGCGUUCUGAGAGCAAUGGGGAAGUGGCCAGCUUAGAAGGACAGCAUUCUGGCUGGGCUUGCCCACGCUGCACACUUCUCAACACACCGGUGGCUCUGUCCUGCUCUGCCUGUGGUGGGCCAAGGAAACUUUCUCUACCUAAAAUCCCCCCAGAGGCCCUAGUGGUCCCUGAGGUCCGUACGCCAGAGCUAGCUUUUCCUGUUAGCACAGCUGGAACUGCCCCACUAGUCAUAGAUCUAACAGAUGAAUCUCCUCCCGCCCCACCCACUGACCCCCAGGAGCCACCCCAUGUGUCUUCUCAGACCUCGUCUGCCUUUUCUCCCUUUUCCUCCCUCCAAAACAACCCUGUUCCCCGUAGUAGAAGAGAGGUGCCACCACCCGGACGCCCACCUAAUGUGGGUACAAACACCCCAAGUCCUACUUCCCCAUCAACCAUCUGUGUUGUGCCUCCUCAAGCUGGCCCACAGCGACCAGCCAAGCCCAAACAUGCCCAACCCCAGGAACCCUCAUACCCUAGUAAGCGCCUCCCUAUAUUAGAGGAGGAGGACUCUCAACAUCACCGUCACAACCAUCACGUUCCUGCUAGUUCCUCCACUGAGCCUACAUGGAAAUGUCCCGGUUGCUCAUCGGCUCUCACAGGAAACUCAUCUAAGUGUGAGAGCUGUCGAUCCUCGCGAAGUGGUGCUGACCUUAUUGAUCUUGUGGGCUGUGAGACGGUACGCUUCACUCCAGCCAGCCCCUCAAGCCCAGACUUCAGCACGUGGGCCUGCUCCAAGUGCACAUUGCGCAACCCAACAGGCGCCCCAAAGUGCUCGGCCUGUGGCUCCUCUAAGCUGCAUGGUUUUCAAGAGCAGCAGACGCCCCUGUCCCGCUGUUGUGCGCAUUGUGGCCUUCCAUCUGGGCCCGGGUCUUCGUGCUCCUGUACUCCUUCCUCUACGUUGUCAUCCUCAGGACAUAAAACAAGGAAACAAGGAAGAGCAUUUCCCUCCUCAUCCUGUGCAGUAACUGCACCUAGUUCCUCCUCUUCCACGUCAAUCUCGACUAGCCUUCAGGAGCAUGUUGGACACUGGAAUUGUCCAGCAUGUACAUUGAUCAAUGAAAUAAAGGCCAAGAACUGUGCCGCAUGCCACACACCCCAGCGGUACCUCACCCUUCGCAAGGUGGUGAAGCCUCUGAAGAGAAGAGAAAGCAUGCACGUGGAGGCCCGUCGACGAGAUGACGAGGGUGUAGCCAAGGAGCUUUGGGAGAACAUUGUCAGCUUCUGCAGAGAGAACUCUGUGAACUUCGUGGACGACAGUUUUCCACCCGGACCUCGCUCAGUUGGCUUUCCAGAGGGCGACAGUGUCCAACAACGCAUUAAAAAAUGGCUUCGGCCGCACGAGAUCAACUGCAGCAAUUUCAAAGACCGAGGCGUCAAGUGGUCUGUCUUCCGCACGCCACGACCCUCUGACAUCCUGCAAGGACUGCUGGGAAACUGCUGGUUCUUGAGUGCAUUAGCGGUGCUGGCUGAGCGUCCAGAGUUAGUGGAAAGAGUGAUGAUCACCAGAACCAUCUGCACAGAGGGAGCCUACCAGGUCCGCUUAUGUAAAGAUGGCACCUGGACCACGGUGCUGGUGGAUGACAUGUUGCCAUGUGAUGACUAUGGUUACCUCCUUUUCUCUCAGGCCCAAAGGAAGCAGCUGUGGGUGGCGCUGAUCGAGAAAGCCUUGGCAAAACUCCACGGCUCCUACUUUGCCCUGCAGGCAGGGCGUGCCAUUGAGGGCUUGGCCACGCUGACGGGGGCCCCGUGCGAUUCCCUGAUGCUACAGGUCAGCUCCACCAACCCUCGAGAGGAGCCCAUCGACACAGACCUGAUCUGGGCAAAGAUGCUCAGCUCAAAAGAAGCUGGGUUCUUGAUGGGUGCUUCAUGUGGAGGAGGGAAUAUGAAGGUGGACGAUGUUGUCUACGAGUCUCUUGGUCUGCGACCCCGGCAUGCCUACUCCAUCCUGGAUGUGCGGGACGUACAAGGUUACAGGUUGUUGAGACUACGUAACCCUUGGGGUCGCUUCUCAUGGAACGGCAGCUGGUCGGACGAGUGGACAGACUGGCCUCAGCAUCUGCGCCACGAGCUGAUGGCACACGGGAGCAGUGAGGGGGUCUUUUGGAUGGAGUACACUGACUUCAUAAAGUACUUUGACUCAGUGGACAUCUGUAAGAUCCACCAUGACUGGCAGGAGGUCCGACUGCAGGGCUGCUUCCCUAGUAAAGCCAGCGGUCCGGUCACUGUCACGGCUCUCACCGUUCUGGAAAGGACAGCAUUAGAAUUUGCCCUCUUCCAGGAGGGGAGCAGACGCUCCGACACAGCAGACAGUCACCUGCUGGACCUGUGCAUCAUGGUUUUUCGAGCCUCGUUUGGCAGCAGUAACAAACUGACCCUGGGUCGCCUGUUGGCUCACAGCAAGCGUGCAGUGAAGAAGUUUGUGGGUUGCGAUGUGAUGCUGGAACCAGGGGAGUACGCCGUCGUCUGCUGUGCCUUCAACCACUGGCAGAUGAACGUCAGCGGGACUGGAGGUCCACCCACACCUAUAUCCAGUCCUACCAGUGGAGCAGCACGGCGGCCCAGUCAGGAUUUUCCCGGCUACAUCCUGGCCAUCUACAGCUCCAGACAAGUGAUGGUGGAGCAGGUGGAAGCGACCCCUACCACACUGGCCGACGCUAUCAUCCUCCUGACUGAAAACAAAGGAGAACGACAUGAGGGCCGUGAAGGCAUGACAUGCUACUACUUGACUCACGGCUGGGCGGGGCUGAUCGUGGUGGUGGAGAACCGCCAUCCCAAGUACUACCUCCACGUUUCCUGCGACUGCACUGACAGCUUCAAUGUGGUUUCCACCCGAGGAAGCCUCAAGACCAUCGACAGCGUGCCACCUCUGCACAGGCAAGUGCUGGUUGUGCUGUCACAGCUCGAAGGAAAUGCUGGUUUCUCCAUCACCCACCGGCUUGCUCACCGCAAGGCUGCUCAAGCUUCUCUGGGCGACUGGACCCCUACCAAAGCCACACACAGCCCUCAGCUGACCCCGGACAUUGAUGGCCUGCACCGGCCCCGGCCACUAUGACCACCGUCCUUUGACUGUCCCACACGUCAGAACACUGGAACAUCAGGCGAAUGGCACGUGGCAUUAACAGAAACGAAAGGAGAAGUGUGUGUGUUUUUUUUCAUCACACCUGAAUGUAACGCCCCCAAAGUCCUACUCCUUUCUGACGCUCCAACAUUUUGCCUAAACGCCUUCACUUCUUUGCCAAGUGGAUGUGCCAUGUCAGAAUGGGAUGAGGGAGGAAAGCUGCACUGAGAGUCAGCGACUCAACCACAAGCCCCAGGCUUCUGCAAAGAGCCGUUUAACUCUUGAAUCUGUGUUGAACAGAAUUUUGGGUGACACCCAUGACCUGCAGCAACGUCAGGGUGGAGUGCUGUAACUACUGAGCCACAAACUUUGAGCCAAGCACUUGACACAGACACUUUCCCAGCCAUGUUGUCUUGAAGUGUUCCGGGGCCGUGUGUGCAUCCCAGCGGUACGAAAAGAGCCAAACCAUUCAUCGCAACACACAUUUACAUCUACCUUACGGUACCAAGUCUUUUUAUUGUUUACUACCGUACUUGUCGCAUGUUUAAAGUCAGAACAACAGCCAUUAUACAUCCAUUCUGUCAUGUAGCUCCCUCAUAUGCUCGCCAUCUUGACACCUCAGCUCAGGACCAAACCCCCAGCCCUGCCAUGGAAUAUCAGCAAAGGGUAGAACCCACGGAAGACACUUUGAAGUCGUGCUUUUACCCGUAAGACCGUGUCUGUGUCCCUCCUAUCUUCAAACCAAUCUCUCUGCAACUUUGAGAUUGAGUUUUCAGUUUGGUAUCGCUGUAUGUUCUGGAGUCGCCUGUGGCAGACUUUAAACUUGAUGACCCGCCCCCCCUCAGCACGAAAUGAAUCAGACCAAAAUUCUUUUCAUAAACACAGAUAACACACAUUCUAAGUGACACUUUGAGGUUUGCUUUGGAAACACCACAGAUGAAUGAAUAAUAAGAAGUCAAAUUGUUAUGAAAAACACCACAACACGUCCAAGUAACGAAUGACAUUUUAAAGCACAUCUUGUUCCGUAUUCUUCUUUUUUCAGCCAUUAUUAGGUAGUAACGGUGGAGUGCAAAUAUGAAAAUAAAGGAUGAUAACUGCAAGUUUAAAAUCUUAAAUGAUUUUAAAUGUCUACAUAUUCUUUUAACAUUUAAUCAGAUAAUUGCUACUAUAACAUUAAAGACGAUUCUAAUCCAAACAUGAGAUUUUUACAAUUUAAUGCUCAAUGUUCCCUGAUGUCAAAAUAUUUUUUAAUUUUUAUUUUUAAUCCGAUGUGAAAUCAAAGUGCCGGUUAUUUACAAGUUGCUUAGCAUUACAAUGAAGUAUCAACAGGCACAGCCUUUGUCUCCCUGCACUGUUUUUGCUGGUUUUGAGUGUGAUCUCUGGCCUUGUGGAAGCCAUGACUUCUGCUCUGCAGCUGCUUGCUUUGGUUGCGAUACCAGUACAUAGGUGUUCACAGGACAGCAAGUUGGAUAAUAUAGUGUGCAGGCGGGUUGUUGGAGGUCAGUUCUGCCCAGUUUCCUUUCUCUGAAAGACACCAACAGCACAUCAGUGCCACUGCGUCACAGUAAAUGUCUACUUCUCCAACAAGUGGCAGAUGGGACCAGUGAUUCACGCUGCCACACCGAGUUCUCUGACAGCUCAGCUAUGUUGCCUUCAGCGCUCUGACAGGAUUCUUUUUGUGUAGCUUUUGAGAUCUCUUUCGUGCUCAUGCUGCUGUUGCAUUCAUUCAGGCUUCACCAUGGCAACGCAGCCAUAUAAUAAGAGAUUGAAGAUAUUCAAAGUCAUCUCACUUUUAUGUAGCAGAAAACAACUUGAAAAGUGCGACACAAUGUUUCACAAAUUGCUUAUUUUUGCCGUCGAGCUCCCUAAUGAGUUGACUGUCGCCUCAGCUCUGCCACAGUCAAACAAGAACAUGAGUCGCCUCCUGGCUGCUGCUUGUCAGUGUCUGCGGCGCGGGUGAUUGACAUCUGCUGGCUGUCACCGUCACGUCAUUCUCGCGUCACCUGAACAGAUGACCGUGUUCUUCGGUGAGGGAAGCUGUAUAUAUGUUUUCCAAAGAAGAUGACCGCUGUCAUUGCGAGUGUGUCACUGACGCUGUGAAGUUAUUUAAUUUUGCUCCUGCUGUCUGGUGAUUGACAGGUGAGAGAAUGUGAUUUAUGUGAAAUGUGGGGCAACACCGUAGACAUGACAUGAACUUGCACUGAAACUCGCUGUUCUGAUUUUCUCUGUCAUAAAUGUCACUUUGGCUCCUUUUGCUUUGCCAACCUCCUGCUGUUCCUCCUCGUGCUACAGAGCGCCACCUGCUGCUGAAGAGGCCGAAGUCAAAUACAAGCCACUCAACCAACAGACCAGCAUUUUUGUUUUUGGUCCUUCGUCCGGUCUGCUCCUAUUUAAUUGUACAGUCUUCAAAUCUGCGUCAACUAAUGGGUCGAAGUUGUGGCGGCAAGCUGAAAACGGGGACUUUUUUUAAUUCACAAUUAAUAAUAAUAAAAUGACUAAGAAUCUUCUGAGAGACGCCUAAUACUGAAAAUUGUUCUGACGAAUGUGAUAUAUUUUAUUGAUCUUUUUGGGGGGAGUGGGGUGAAUAUAUGUGUACAGAUAUGUAUGUUUUAAUUUUUAAAUCUCAGGCUCCU